AUGCCAAAGACCAUGUCUCGCCACGGUGGUUCCGACAAGAAAGUCAUCAUGGCAGACGUCGAACCCGGCGACAAGACUGGAAUCUACUACAUGCCCAUCUGCAAUUUGCCCUUUGGUACUUCAUGGCAGGACUUUAAAGAUUGGCUGCGGAUCGACUGCCAUGUGGACCACGUCGAGCUCUUUCAAUCCAGUACUUCGGGCUGGAUUCGGCUGCGCGGGCAAGACAACUUCAACAGAGCAUGGGCCCGUCUGAAGAAGGAAUACUUCCGCAACCGAGCCAUCAUUGCCUCCGACAAGAACAGGACCGAGUCCAUCAAGAUCAAGGAGCUCGUUGAUGAUUCAAGAGCGGCCACGUAUAGCAGCCCCGGCCACUGGGACUUGUAUGCCUCCGAGUCUACCAGCCCCGAUGCCAUGCUGCCUCGCGCGCCGAGUUGUCUGGAAGAGCUUAGCUCGGACCGAGAACUUGGCCGUCUCGCACCGUCAGCUGCUUGCCCGGCUGGUCCAGUCGCGGUGGCAGUGACCACUACACCGGCCUACGGCGGCCCACCAGUUUUGGGUUCCUACGCGACGAUGCCGGAAGCGUACAACGCAUGUCUGGACGCCACGGGCAACCGCAGUCUCCCCUACGCACCUGGCUUUGGUUACUACGAGCAGCAGCCUCCCGCCGACCCCAGCCCCGUGGCUGCUACCGGCCAUUUCGGCCGCGGCUCGCCGUUCGUGGGACCGCCCUCGGUCGAAUCCCAGUACAGCAGCCUGCAUCCGUCUCACGCCUGCCUAUCUUGUAGAAGCGCAUCCGGGACGCCGUCGUCCUUGUCCGCCGACGCCCACCAGAGACGGGCGCACACUGCCCAGGAGGCUCGCAGGGUCUUGGUCACGUCCAUACAGCGCAAGGCGAGGGCGAGCGACGUUUCCAACUGGAUCCGCCACCAGAUCGGCGAACAUUCGUCUGCAAUCACCGCCCUGGAAAUACCGCUGCUCGAGCCGAAAGGCCGGAUCCACGGCUACGCCCUCGUGACGCUGUCGAACCCCGCCGCCGCCGAAGCAGCCGUCCGCAUACUAGAUCAGAAACUAUUCCAAGGGCGCGUCGUGUCGACGAGGCCAAUGGCAGGAGGCACCCAGCCGCAACCACACGGGCCGAGGUGCUCCAAGGACCCGAGGCCACCGUGGCCAGCGCGGCAGCCCUCCAAGCACGACGAGGAGAGCAAGCCCACCCGCCGACACAACGAUUGGAAGCACCGCAAAGCCAAAAGCAAAGGCUCCACCUCGCCAUCCGCAUCCGCCCACGCUCAAUGCCACAACGCCGUCUCCGGAGAAGACAUCUUUUCCGGUCCAGUGAUAGCCUACGGAUCCUCUACACACCGGCCGAGAAACUCACUUGAACUCGUGCCCGAAACGUGA